AUGAAAUCACAAGAAAUAUUCGAAAAUAAAUUUGUUGUUUAUAUUAUUACACUUAUUCGUCUUAUAACAGUUAUUCCUUACAAAUGUGUCAUGAUAAUAGUACGAUCUAUUGCAGAGUUAGGUAAUUUCUCUUCUUCAAAUCAUUCAAAUGGCAAAGAACAUUAUAGCUGUGAAUAUGGUUCAGUUAAAUAUUAUAUUUAUUGUGGUAUUGCUGGAAUGAUAAGUUGUGGCGUAACACAUACAACAGUUGUUCCACUUGAUCUUAUUAAAUGUCGUUUACAAGUCAAACCUCAAAAAUAUGUAAAUUUUUUUAAUGCAUUUAAAAUAACGAUUGCAGAAGAAGGUAUUUUAGGAUUAAGUAAAGGCUGGGCACCAACAUUAAUUGGUUAUUCUUUGCAAGGUCUUGGUAAAUUUGGUUUUUAUGAAGUUUUUAAAAUUUUCUAUGGAGGAAUUCUUGGUGAAGAAAAUGCUUAUGUUUAUCGAACAUUACUUUAUCUAUUAUCAAGUGCAUCAGCUGAAUUUUUUGCUGAUAUUGCAUUAGCACCAUGGGAAGCUACGAAAGUACGAAUACAAACACAAGAUAAUUGGGCAUCGACAUUAAGACAAGGUUUACCAAAACUUUAUGCCGAAGAAGGACUAUGGGGUUUCUAUAAAGGUAUUGUACCAUUAUGGCUUCGUCAAAUACCUUAUACAAUGAUGAAAUUUGCAUGCUUCGAACGUACAGUUGAAGCACUUUAUAAAUAUGUCGUUCCUAAGCCACGUGAACAAUGUACAAAAACAGAACAAUUAGGUGUAACAUUUAUAGCUGGUUAUAUAGCUGGAAUAUUUUGUGCUAUUGUUAGUCAUCCAGCUGAUACUAUUGUAUCAAAAUUAAAUAAUGAAAAAGGUCUUAGUUUAUUUGAUGCUGUACGUCGUGUUGGAUUUGCUGGUUUAUGGAAAGGUCUUGGUCCACGUAUUUUCAUGAUUGGUACAUUAACAGCUCUUCAAUGGUUUAUUUAUGAUACAGCUAAAGUCCUUUUUGCAUUACCACGACCACCACCACCACAACCACCAAAUACAGUACAGAAAAGAUAUGGUUUUACUAGUGAUAAAGGACCGUUAAUACUUGACUUAAAUGUGAAAAGCUGA